AUGAUGGGGUACGGUUCUAACCGGGAGACGAGCCCUGGGGAUGGCGAGAGGGGCUAUAGGAGGAAGCGCUUGGCAGCAAUGGCUGGCAAUCUGUACAGAAGCGGCCAGGCAGCGGUCACUGAGAUCAAGGAAUCAUACAAUCAAACAAGAUCAAACCCUGCCGGUGCAGGACACGAAAACCAUGGCCGAAUACACAUCCCAGGUGCUUUUCCGGAUGUUGCGAUUGUAGUCAAAGGCGAUGACCAAAUGGUGUUAUUCCCCUCUUAUGCCAAGCAGCACACCAAACAGGAUUGGGGCGAGUUGGCCGCGCACAACCCAGAUGCCCCGCAUGGCAGUAUCAGAGACGAGGACUUUUGGCGGCAGGAAUGGGAGCGAAAAGAGGACGAAAACGCGAUUGUUGAUGUUGAUGUUCGCGGCUGGAUUUAUGCACCCCAUACUGGUCCAAUGACGCGGAAGAACCGAAUUUUAAUCGGCCUUGCACGACAAUUGAGUGGUAUCCCAGCCCCACGAGCAGACCAGGCAUAUAGCCCAGGAACUGGACUACCACGUUCGCACCACCAGAUACACGAAGAGGAAAGGGACCAAGAAAAGAUCAAUGCCGAAGCUCGGCGGAUAGAGCGAAUAGGACAACGUGAGAAGCAAGCUGCCUAUCAAGGACGCUUCAGUGAAAAGCCGCCUGAGGUCGAUGAUCCCUCCACGGAUAGCUACUACCAACCCUCUAGAAGGGGAAAUCAAUCUCCAGAUUCGGCCCCUUCCAGUCCCACGAUGUCAGCCAGAACAAUGACAUCGAAUACCAAUGCUGGCGAGCUCAGUGACAGCGACCUGGUCCUCGCCAAUGCCAAUCUCAUGGCUCGAAUCGCCCCUUUUAUGACCAAUCCAUCCGUUGCCCUCCCGAUUACCUUUUUCUUCUACAACGAAGCCAAAUCGCAGUCAAAGACCGUCAUGACGAACGAUGCCGGGCAUUUUGUUAUUCGCGCCGCCCUCGACUUCGUGCCGACUCAUGUUCGUGUUCUGGCAGAUGAGGAUCUGUCUGCUGUUCAAGAGAUCAAAGUCAUUGAGCCAUACGGAGUUAGUCUUAUCAGCGACAUCGACGACACCGUCAAGAAAUCCAAUAUCUCUGCAGGAGCCAAGGAAAUCUUUCGCAACACGUUCAUUCGCGAUUUGGCCGAUCUUUCGGUUGAAGGUGUUAAGGAGUGGUAUAACAAAAUGGCCAACAUGGGAGUCAGCAUACAUUACUGCUCCAAUAGUCCGUGGCAACUCUUCCCAGUACUUGCCAGUUUCUUUAAAAUGCACGGUCUACCGCCAGGCUCACUUCAUCUCAAACAGUACAGUGGCAUGUUACAGGGUAUCUUCGAGCCAGUGGCUGAACGAAAGAAAUCUACACUCAAUCGCCUCCUGAGGGACUUUCCUGAGCGGAAGUUCAUACUUGUUGGAGACAGUGGAGAAGCCGAUCUUGAAGUAUACACAGAACUCGCUCUGUCAAAUCCUGGUCGUAUUCUAGCUGUCUUUAUUCGGGAUGUCACAACGCCCGAAGAGACCGGAUACUUCAGCUCUGGAUUCGACCUCACCCGACCAAAGACUGCAGGUCCUUCUCAUGAAGCAUCAAGAAACGUCUCACGGAAGUCUUCAUAUCAGAACCUGUCCUCCAGUGGAUAUAGAGCAGAAAGAAGACCAUCAGCAGGUCCCACUAUGGGCACAUUGAUUGACUUCUCUGAUGAACCCCGACAGACAAGAGUCGAUCGCAACGCGGGGCUCUCUCAAGUUCAAAACUCCGACGUAAAGAGUGCCAGCACUGCCGACCUUCUUAGCGGGCGCAAACCGGCUCCGCCCAGACCAGCAAAGCCAGUCGCUUUAAGGAGUGCCAAGUCCAUCACUGAGUUGAACAAAGGGUUGUCAAGAACGAAUUCCGAUGAGUUGCCUCCACCUCCUCCGCCUAGAAGGCCGGGAGUACAGGCAAGGGAUUCCCAUCCUCUUAAGCAAAUUCAUAACUCUUCCCAGCAAAGCUCGGUUAGUGGCAAUGGGACUUUCAAGAUUCCAGCACAAAGUCGCUCCGGGUCUGCUUCAUCAGGAGGUGGUCCCCCUCCACCUCCGCCACGUCGAAGGGGAACACCAUCCAGUAUCUCAGACUCGAACCCAAACCCCCCUCUUCCACCACGCCCUACCCAGUCAUCAACUAAUCUGGACGUGGACUACGACCCUCUUCCACCACCAUCAGCGAAACCCCCUACGUCUUUUGGUUCAAUGGCGUCAGGUUACCGAUCAGAUGGCAACACAUCAGCAGCAGGAUCACCUAACAUGGGUCCUCAAGGAGUAAACAAGAAGCUUGAGUUAUGGAGGAGGAGACUAGCAAGAGCACACGAGCAAUUAGACGGGCUAGGUGUGGCCCUGUAUACAUGGCGACGAGGAAACGAUGUCAUUACAGAGGCAGAGGGAAUAAUAAAACGUGCCCUCGCAGACAUGGACAGAAAGAGAAGGAUGAACCGAUAG